AUGAAUCAAGUUUAAUAUAUGUAGGUGUUAAGGGAUUCAUAAGAAAUUAAACUUAGAGAUAAAUUCACUUAACUUUAAUCAAAAGCACAUGAUUAUGUUAUUAAAUAGAUGAAAUAAUUGGAAUAAAAAUACAAUUAAUAACUUUUGUUAAUUGUUCAAUAAUAUUAAGAAUGUAAAUUAAUGUGUGAAUAACUUCGAUUAAAGAAUGAAUAAUACUCAAAACUUAUAUUAGAGUAAGAAUUUAAAUCUAUUCAGACCAAAAAUUAUAUGUGUCUUGAAGUUGUUAAUUAACUUUUAACCUAGAAGAUAAAUUCUCUACUAUUUUAAUUAAAAAGUCAUAAUAUCAUUUCUGAAUCCGAAUAUUUUUCUCAAAAAAAUACACUCUAACUACAACUAGCAGAAAUUAUUUGUAAUCCUAACAACCAUGAUUAAUCAACUUAUAUAAUGCCUUUAAAUGAUACUACUAAGGCUACUUUGAUUGUUUCACAGAAUAUUAAAUAUGAUGAUUAAUUUGAAGUGAAGAAUAAUAAUAAUUAUGAGAAUACCUCUAUAGGAAUAUAAACAAACCUUUUUAAAUAGAAAAAAGAGAAAUCUGGUAAACAACAAAAGAUCUAAAUUGAAGAAUAAUAAACUAUUUCUCCAAAUAUAUCCAAUCAACUUAAUGAGUGUAUAAAGUCUAUUUAAGAAUUAUAAAAAAGUAAAGUUGAUUUAUAAGCCAAUAAUGAAUUAUUAAAAUCUUAAAAUCAGAAUCUUUAAUGCAGAUUAAAUUAGAAAGUAAAUAACUCUUUCAAAUGCAAUCAUAGUGUUAUUAAUAAUAGAUAAAUAAUAAAAAAAUUCUUAAAAUUUGAUGAUAUGGUUUUUAAAAAUGUAACAUCAUUUUCUAUGGCCUAAAGUUUUGAUUUAAGAUAAGGAAAUAUAAGUAGCCGUUAAUUCUUUACAAGACCUAAAUCUUCUGCUCCAAGUACUACCAGAAAUAGAUUUAAUUCAACUCAAUAACCAUCAAGCACAGGCUUCCAUGUCUUAUUCUGA